UUCGGCGCGGUCACAUUGGUUAGUAAUAGUUAUGGAUAUUAAGCAUAAUUAAUCCUGAACGCCGACGCCCACAAAUCCGUACCGCCCGUCCUUGCAGCGCUGCAACCCAAGAUCCGGAAACUGGCUAGCUGGCAAGUUGCAGGCGCCCCAGGAGCAGCAGAUAAAUUCAACCGACAACCAGAGCCCCGUCUGCGUGUUUGUGUGUGCGUGCUGGGUGCAUGUGUGUGAGUGUGCAGCUGCCGUCUGUGUGUGCCACUGCGAGUGUGUGCGAGGGAGUCGAGCUUUGCGAAUUUCCAAUUUUCGGCCCUUAAUCGCAGUCUUAUCCGCCAGCGAGCCACUUAUUUCGCCCGAAAACCCAGCCACAGAGCAUGCUGCUUUAUUGCUCUGCAGGAAAGCGCUGAUAAACGGCCGAGAGGAAGUAACUGGAGCAACAACAACAACAGCAGCAGCGGAGAGCCGAAAAAAAGUUAAUCAAAGGAAAUUAAAUAACAAGGCGGCGGCAACAACACUUACAUAAAUUAACUCGCAAGGCAACAACACUAAUAACAAUAGCUUAUCACACACAGCAGCAGCAACAACAACAGCAGACAGCAGCCACAACAACAACAGCGCAGCAGCAGCAGCAGCCAGAAGGAACAACAGUUUAUCUCCCAUAUACAGCCGGCUGCACGAGUGCGAGCGGGCGAGCGCUAGUUGGCCAGCGAGGGAGCGAGAGAGAGGCAGUGAGCCAGCGAGAGGGGUGUGCGUGCGUGUUGGUGUGUGGGAGCGGAGGCAACAACAAGAAAAAACUAAAAAAAAAAAGAAAACAACAAAAUAUACUUUUACAUUGUUCGACGCGCCUAACUGUAAAUAUAUAAGAGCACUCGAAGAAACCAGGAGGAGCUUGAGAGAAGGGCGAAAAAAUGGCACGCGGCUUCGAUCAUCUGUUCAAGCUGCUCAUCAUCGGCGACAGCGGCGUGGGCAAGUCGUCGCUGCUCAUCCGGUUCUCGGACGACACAUUCUCGGGCAGUUACAUCACCACCAUCGGCGUGGACUUCAAGAUCCGCACCGUGGACAUCGAGGGCAUGCGGGUGAAGCUGCAGAUUUGGGAUACGGCCGGCCAGGAGCGCUUCCGGACGAUCACCAGCACCUACUACCGCGGCACCCACGGCGUCAUCGUUGUCUACGAUGUGACAAACGGCGAUUCCUUCGCGAACGUGCGCCGCUGGCUGGAGGAGAUCCAGAACAACUGCGAUGUGGUCAAAAAAGUAUUAGUGGGCAACAAGAACGAUGAUCCGGACCGGAAGGUGGUCAUCACCGAGGACGCGCAGCGAUUUGCGAAACAAAUGGACAUCGAGCUGUACGAGACAUCCGCCAAAGACAACAUCAACGUGGAGAACAUGUUCUUGUCGAUCACGCGGCAGGUGCUCGACCACAAGCUGCGCACCUCCCCCAACGAGCAGCAGAAGGACACGCUCCACCUGAAGCCCAAUCCCAAGGGCACCAAGGGCGGGAAGUGCUGCAGGUGAAAGCGGCUCCAGGACGGGAGCUGGCAUUGUGACUGGACGGGGAUCGGAACCGGAUUAAGGACCAGGACCUGGAUCAACUCCGGGGCGGAUGGAAUCGUUGUGGGGGCGCGUAGUUUGUAGGGUUCUCGGCGUACGAUACGGCACACACUCACUCACAUAGACAUAGCUUACACCAACAAACAACAAGCAACAAACAAACAUGCAAACAACACAACACAACAACACUCACACUCACACCCACUAGAGACGACAAUUUUUUUUGUUUUGUUUAUUUCCUCCUGUGUUUUUAUUCGGAAUAAUGCCAGAUAGCCGUAAAUUAAAGUGUAAAAGUGUAAAGCGCAAUUAAAUGUAUUUAGCAAUUUAUAUACAUAUUAAUAUAUACAUAAACGAAAAUUUAAACAAAUCGCA